UGCUUGAAGCCUGAAACUUGUUCAAAAAACUUGUUUUUCAUUAGUUGAUCUCUUGCAUGAAACUUUUUUUCCCCGCAUUUUAUUAUUAUUUUGCGAUCCAUUCGAAUUUACAACUCUAUAAUCAUAUUCAGUACAUUUCCUUAAGUGCCGGACGUUUGUUAUGACGAUGAUUUUACUGAUGACCUAACCUUACAUUUAUGUCCUAAAGCCUAAAAUUUCCCUAAUGCUUCAGAGAACUUGAAGCUACUCCAAUGAAAUAAUAUCAAGGGACAUGGAUUUUAUUGGGCUUGAUUGCUACACAUUGCAGCCAGAUGAAAAAGUUCUGAGUUCUGUGUGUGAGCAUCUUAGGAGUUUCUUCUCAUUCUAUAAAAUGGUCCAAGAAUGAAAUAACGGUCAUGUUUAAUCCAGGUGUUAGUGGAAACGCCAGGGUCAACGGCCAUGUGACUGGACUAUCAGGAAACCAUGACCGGAAAAGAAAAGGGAAACUUCCUGGAUCUUACACAUCUAGCCAAGUGCAGACAUCCGCCUCAUCAUCACGUGUGUCAAAUUUACCAAGAUCCAACUCCUGCAAUGGCCAGUUAAAAUUUGCCGAUAGGUUGAAAGGUCUCAGGGGAUUACUUCUUAGUAAUGGUGAUGAGGCUCACCAGAAUCGUGAAGAAAAUUCAGAUUUAAGUGACCUAGAAGAUCCCUACACAUUUAAUGAGCCAGAACCUGUUAGAAAAAAUGCAACACCUGCCACAACAACCAAAACUGUUUCCAAGACUACUCCAAGAAGUGUUAUGAAAAGUAGAAUUGAUAAAGGAACCAGCAACAGUUCUGAGCCCACUGGUUUGAAUAUGACACGUCUUUAUCCUGCUUUUUUUGAGCCCAACUCUUCCCAAUUACCAUCCUCCACAAAUUCAAGUAGUUCAUCCAAAACAACUCUUGCGUCUCUCUUAGAAUCAUCUACAUCUGAUGAUGUACCCACUAAAAGAAAUGAUUUUGAACGAUCCUUCUCUUCUUUUUCUGCUAAGGAUUUGAACUGCUUUCCUAAUUUAACAAGUCCACCCCCACCUGAGCAGCCAUCUCCAUCAGUUGCGCCCAGUACUAAGAUUUCACCAGUUAAACAUGGCAUGCCAACCACACCCCAGAGAGAGAGCAAUAAGCUUGCUGCUCUCUUUAGUCCUACUUAUCUCAACAGUAUACGCAAUGAUAAGAGUAAAAUUAGGAAGAUCUCAAACCCUAGGAAUCAAACUCGUGAAAAGAUAAUUCCACGUGUCUUACCUUGUGAUAGGAGAGCACCUAAAGAGGUAACUAUUAAAUCCUCUGUUGCACCUACUGUGGAAAAUAAAAAGCCAGAAGAAGCAUCCAAGACCACUUUAAGUCGGCUUCAAGACAAAAUUGCUCGCAAAAUGGUUAUGGGCAAGCAUCAAAGGAAAUUGGCAUCAAAACCUGGCAAUGAAAUCCCUCAAAGGAGACAUAGUGUUAAUGAUAUGCCCAUUAAAAAGGAAAGAAGCCUUCUUGAAGAACAACUGCUCAGUAACAAACCCAUAAAUCAAAUAAAGAAGGAAGAUCCAGGACUAAGUUUAAGCUUAUCUGCAGGGCUGACUCCUCCACCAGCUGCUACUACUCGUGUUCCAGGUGUUAAUGGACCGCUCACAUAUAGUGUUGCAAAGAGUUCGUCUAACAUUCAACGUUCCAGUGGAAACUCAUCUAGGAAAGAAAAACCUCAUGCAACUUAUGGAGGUCAGAAGUCAUCGAAAUCCACACCAAAUUCAAAUGCAUUAUCUCAGGUACCUGCCAAGAGUAGUUCAGUUCGUCAGGGUUUGAACGGCUCAAUGACACCUGUUUUUGUCAAGAGUGAAGUCCAUAGGUCUCAUAAGAGACCCAGAACCAAAUUAGAUCUUGCAGGUGACGCAUUAAAACACGAAUCAUUGCAGAGGCUACAUAGCCGAAAAGAGCCAAAGUAUGAUGUCUUUUCGCGAACAAAUGUGAUUGAAACUGACAGUGAUGACAGUGAUUUGGAAGAGGGUCUUGUGUAUCAGAAACACUGGUUUAGUGGUUGGAUGGAAGCAGGAUCUGGUUUGGCCUCGGAAGAAAGGAGGGAAAACAGAUUAUUACAAAUACGUGCUGAAUUCCGGCGGAAACUUAAUCAAGUCUGGGGAGCUAGACGUGAUCCUGGUGUGUCUUCACUACCAAAGUGUGUUGUUGAUUCAGCUUUGAGUAAACCAAGUCAAACAGCAGUUCUCCUUUCCCCAAAUCAGCGUUGGCACAGAACUGGAAGGUCGAAGUUGUCAAUGUUGGUGCCAAAGCAAUGCGUGUUUGGAAAACAAGGGGAAGGGGAGGUAUGUACUUCACCUGCUCUCCCUUGUGCACAUCAUUGUGUAAGGCACAUCACCUACAAUGUGGAGCAAUUGUUAUUUGAACAUUGCACCGCUAAAUUUUCUGACAACACUCAGUGUUGUGUGCCGGUGUUUGAUUCAAGCCAUGAGCUACCUCUCUGUUCAGAGCAUGCACGUAAAUUGGAUGAUUACAACCGUCAGUCUCAAGUGGUGAAACCCAAGCGAGUUCGCAAGAAAUCAAAGCCAUCAGCAAUGACAAGGUCCACGAAACGUAAUAAAAAGAAAAAGCAAAAGCCCUCUCUCAGCAGCCAGCCCUCACCACUGCCACCACCAACAUCGCCUGUCUCAUUGACUAGUAAUGUUCCAACAGUCCAAGCUCAGGCCAGGAUCCAGCGUUCACAAUCCCUCCCUGUUGAUUCCUUGUCUCGCAGAGAUUCAGAGGACUUCAUAGAUGGAAAUCUAGGAAUAGUUACACCAACAUCACCUGCAGAAAGUACAGAAAUAUUUGUCACUGAUGAGACAUAUGGAAGAUUGAAUGAGACCCAACUGAAUGUUAAUGACCUCAAUGGAGUUGGGGAAACUAUUGUUGAUGUCGCUGAUGUUCCUGAUGUUGAUGUAGAGGAGGAAGCCCUUGAGCUUGUUGCUGAGCUACCUGAAUUGACAGAUGCAGGUGACCUUGGGCAGCAGGAUGGUAGCUUACUUGAAGGACAUGACCUCACCAAUGUAUUAAAUGAAAUUCCCACAAUAGCAUUUACAGAUUUGUUCGGAGAAGAGGAUAAGGACAUGGAGCCUACAAGAGAAGAAACAGAGGAAUUGGAAAGGGCUCUGGCUGCAGUUGACAAGGAUGUCAAAUCCCUGCAAAAUAUGGGCAGCCAGAUACUUUUAGACUACAAAGCUCAGGACUUACUGCAGACGUCUGAAGCCCAAGCACAGGCACAGGUGUUCCUUGAGGUUGAUAAGCUCUCGCCGUCACAGGGGUUAUUAGAUAUAGACAAAUUACAAGCUCAGGGGCUCUUUGAUGUGAAGAAUCAGGGUCUUUUAGAUAACCUCUUAGAUGAUCAGACACUUGUACAAACAUUAACACAACUUCCUGCUGAUUUGCCUAGUAGUAGUUCCAACCUAGUUUAUUAUCACAAUGGUUACACAAUAAAUGGUGGGGGGAUGGAGAAAAACCUUUGUGUAGCUAAUGGUAGUUCUGGUUCAAUUUAUCAGGCUCCAGGCAUAGUCGGUGUUCAAUUACCCACGCAGACUAAUCUUCACUGACAAGCUAUUUUAUUAGUUGGCUGAUUAUAUGCAGGUUGCUACUUAUAGAUAAUCUUAAUCUAUCUAAGUAGAGAUGGUGGGCCAGUCUAUUACUAUCUUGUCCUACCUACAUAUAUCAGGUUCAUUCUUGUCUGUUUAUUGUGCAUUUUUAUAAAUGUAGUUGUCGACUAAUGUUAAUGUAUUUUUUUUAAAUUGUGGUUUAAGAUGCUUUUUUAAGGCAGAAUAUGCUGCAGUUUGACCAAUUGCUUGUUACUGUAUUUUCUCUUGACAGUCAUUAUAUAUCCCUUCAAAUAUUGACAAAACACAGCUGCUGGGAAUUACAUAUUUUAAGUUUUAAGAAAAGUAAAGAUUGUGAUUUUGCUCUGGCAGCUAUGUUGCGUAAUGCUAUAGAAAUGAAUGUCUUAGGUAAUAUUUAUCCUAAUCAGAUAUGUACAAGAAUCUCAGAAAAAAUCUGGAAGAGAUAGUGAGGUUGAUCCUCCUAAUUGGAAAUGUUUCAAAGUAUUUUGCGUUUUUGGAUGUUAAUAUUGUCAGAAACUUCAAAACGUAUCUGCUUUACAGUCCAUUUCCAUCAGAUUUGGUCAAUAUCAAAGUAUCUGUCUAGGUCACUUAAAAGUUUUAAUAAGAAAAUUAUUCUGGUUAAAAAAUGAUUUGCAGCUGUCACUUUAAAGAACCCUUUAUGAGGUAGUGUUGCACUGCAAGCAAAGAGGCCAUAGCGGAAACUUAGUUUGUACAAACCAUUUUUGUGAUCAUGAGGCUUUACCUAAUAUUGGAUGAUGUGACAUAUAAAAAUUUACGCCAUUAUCCAUUAUGACCACAGAGAAAACUAUUGAAAAUGUCAGGAUAUGAUAAAAAAACGUCGCUCAUAUGGUAAGUGUAAAGAAAAAGUUCUGCUUUUUUAUGUGCAAUGGAUUAUUUAAAGAGGCCUACUUAGUUAUGAGAAUACACAUGUGUACUUGAAAAUAGCGUGAAUUCUGACUGAUGUUUGUUUUUAAAUGAGCAAGUUCAGGCAUAGUUUCAUCCAUGCGUUUCCACUGUCCCUGUAAUUCAUGUUUUGCAAUUGUAUUCCCUUUCAUUGGAUGUUUUCUGCAUGUGUAGGUUUUUCCAUAAUAUGACUUGUUUGUCAUUAAUAAGUGGAAUGAUUUGUGAGCAGUAACAUUGCCUUGCAAAACUUGUGUGUUUUGAGAAAUAUUUGCAAUUUAGUCACUCAAUGCCUACCUCUGCAUUUUAUAGAAUAGUUGUUGCCUGUUGUAAGCAGGUUCUUAUUUGCAGUAUUUAAAAAGCUCUUUUAUGAAUGUCAUAAUUUGUAAUGGCUGUGGGCAGCUCCUCAGUUAGUAAAACAAGAGAAAAUGAAGAAUAAUGGCUUCUCCCUCACUAUUAUUUUCCCACUCUUAGAAUCAAUGCAUUUUUAAUUUAGUAAAUUUCAACAGUUGUAAGCUCUAUGGAAAAAGGCUUAGCUAACAUUUAGCUAAUUGUUAAUUGGUACAUUGUGGUCUAGAGAUGUUUUUGUCUCUAGACUUAAAUUUCUUUGUCACAGGCAACUCGUGGAACUCAUUUUGAUGCCAUAUAAUUGUGGGAGAUUGAAAAGAAAGGUCAUCAUUUAUCUAUUCCAAACUUAAGACAUAAAAGCAAAGUGUUUUUCUUAGAAAAAUGAGUGCAAGUAUUGCACAACAUUUUAUGCAACUAAAAACACUGCAUUUGAAAAAAAAACAUGUUCAGAGAAUCUGAAUGCUCAAACUUAAAUGCAAACAGGAACUACUGCCAAAUCCAUUUUUUUCUAAUCCAUGUUUACUAUUAUGUUGUGAAAGACUGUUAUACGUUAUACUUGCUAUACUUGCUAGUUCAUGUGUUUCACCAAUAAAGUAGGUCGGUGCCCAUCGAAUUCUAGUAAAAUGUAGGAUCAAGUAUGAAUAUAUUACAUAAAGGUAUGUAGAAAAGAAAGGCACAGUAGAAAUGUGGGAGGAAGGUGGCAAUACACUUUAGCAUUGUUACACUAGAUGAAUGCAUAAGCAAAUCAAAUGUUAUUUUACCUAGUACAAAUUUACUUACAUCAGGCCCAUCUAAAAUAAAGAAAGAGUCUUCUUUGGUAUAAGUAAUGCGUCCGGUGAAUUUCCUCAUUUUGUUAUAAGUUUCAGUUGCAAUCCGUCAUCUGUCAGUGUGCAUAGUAUGUAAUGUAUUUUUUCUAAUGAGUUGUGUGACUGCAAAUCUAAUUAAAAAACAUAAUUUUGUCAGGUUAUCUUUAGUAUGGUCAGCUUGUAUAUUUUCAUUACAUUGUUUUCUCUUUUAUUAACCCUGAUUAGAUGAAGUGUUUUUCAGCAAACGAUUUUUGAGGAACAAAAUGUAUGACAUAGAAUGCUAAAACUUGAUACAUCUAUUAUUAUUACUUUGUUAUCAGGAACAGACAACAAAAUUGGAUCAUUCUACAUAAAUGUGCUUUUUGUACUUUACUGUUUAGAAAUUACAAAAACUGUAUCAACCUAUUCCCUAUUCAUGGUCUGUGCUCUGUGUUGUUCUUUUGAUGCUUGUUCCUGAUAUUCAUGACAGACUGUGUUAUUUAGUUUUUAAGCACAAAUGCUAAUGUGUAACAAUAAGAUCAAAUUUGAUGUAUUUAGAAUCCUUUAUUCGAUUAUUAUAAAAAUAGCCCAUGUAUAGUGUACAUAUUUGGCAUUCAUGUUUGCGUGUAAGUAACAAUUUCUUCUUCUGGAGGAGAGCAACUUUUAGCUAAGAUUUAAUGUUUAAUUUUAUCUGUGAUCUUGUUUUCUUUUCGUUUAGUUACUAUCUUGUACUUUGUAUCCUUAUCUGAAUAGUUUCUCUACAGUAAAUAUUUCCUUAUAGUAAUUUGGUAUUUGCCAUUGACUCGGUUAGUAGGUUGUAUGCUCCAUUUGCUAUUAUUCGCUCAAAAUCAUUAUAAAUUUUGUACAGUUUCUGGAAUUUCUGAUUGUUAUAUUACUUCAUAUGGGCACCAGCAGCUAUAAUGCUGAAGACCUUUUCUUUUCUCUUGACUCACACUUGAAUUUUCCUAUCUGAAUUUGAAUUGAACACAAGUACCUGUAAAUAGUUGACUUAUUGCAAAAAUAUGAGUGGUCCUGUUUUGGUUCAUAUUUUGUGUUUUGGUGAUCAACAGGCAACUUUUCUUAAUUUUUUGAAAAAAGGAUUUGUGCUUUUCCCCCAUACAUUUUAGCCACUGUUUUUUUUUCCCCCUAGAAAAAAACAAAACAAAAAUAUCUUCAGACUCUUCUUAGUAUGGGCAAUUGUUUAUAGCUGGAAGUUUGUCAAUAGAUCUUGAGAUGCAAAUACCAUAUGGUCAACAUAUCAUGAGCACUAAGUCCUUUUUUUUUUUCAUUUUCAUGACAUUUCAGUAGUUUCAGUCAUUUAAAAAAGUUAUGUACCUGUUAAUUAUAGAGUCCCAUUAAAUAUUGUACUUACUUACGAAAUGGUGCAUAUUGCAUAUUUGUUCGUACUUUGGAAUUGCUUUAAGGCAGAAGAAAUAAUUGUAAAUAAAAACCUGGAUAGUAUUAGGCAUUUGUAUUUGUGCUUGUCAAUAGUUCUACUAUUUUGAUGAUUAUUAUUACUGUUAUUGUUGCUAUUACUACCAUUACUACUUCUAUAGCUAUUAUACUUACUCACUUUUCAUUAUAGGGAUGGAUAGCAUUGAACAAAUAGAUAUAAAUACAAUAUAAAUAUAUACUUACCAAAAAAAUCUGUUCCUAAAGCUUGCUAAUAUUGUUUGCUCUUAGACGUCACCCUUAUGUUACCCUUCGGUUUCUCAUUUUCCUCAAGUUGACCAAUUCAUACUAAGUUUUCCGUUAUCGCAUAGUGGUUUCAUAAAUAGGGCUCACUUGAUUGUUGCCCUUAGACCUGUUUCAUUUACAGUUCUCAAUAUUAAACUCUCAAUUGUCUAUACUAUCAUUAAAUUUCUCCUCUUACUAAGAACACCUGACUUCAUAGCUCUUCCAUUUGAAUAGUUCUGAGGAAAUGCUACAUGUUUUCAUCUCCAAAUUACUUGUGUACUACGUGAAGGCAUUGUGUGAAAGUAUACUUUGCCCUGAUAUUGUUUGUUCCCGUAUGGACCUAAGUUCUAGUUUGUGUGGCUUUGUGUGAAUGAUCAUAAAGUAUCUAAUAUGACUAUUUAUUAA